UGAUAUCAUUUCAUUCGUCUCUUUCACUUCACUCAGAAACCCCCCCAAAACCGCCAUCAAUGGACGUUGCUGUGAUCGACUGGAAGGAUUCCAAGUUCGAGAAGGACCCGCUUUACGACGAUUUCAACGCUCCUCAAUGGAUUGAUUUCUCAAAUGCCGAUUAUUCAGUCGAUGAUGAAGCUUGGUUUUGCCGACCCGAUUGUAAUCAUCCGAAGACGGUUGAGGAUUUUUUCAGAGAAAGGAGUCUGGGUUCAUCCAAGCUUCAGAGAUCUGCUGGUGUUUCAGAGAUUAUUCGAUCGGGUGAUCGAAAUAAGAGAGAUCCAGCACUGAAGAAACGAGGUUUCCCAUCAAGCAAAGAUUCAAAAUAUGUCCAGGAUGAUGAAAAUCACAACCCUAACUUCUCAACUCCUCCUAUGAACAAAGCUAAAUCCCUCAAAGAAAUGAUCAAAUCAAGCGCAGAGAAGAACCCCGCUUUUGAAAAUGUUCCGUUACAGAACGAAGAAACACCGCGGCCACAAAAUCUGUUUGCAGGAAGAGAUAUAUUGAACCAGGUGACUGAGUUCUGCAACGAAUUGAAGCGAUUGGCGAUGAGGACGAAAGCCGAUGGGGAGAAAGAGAUUGGAAAGAAACAGGAAAUGGGAGUUUUGCAGGAAACUCAAAGGAUGCCGUUGUUGGAGAAAUAUGAAGGAAGUGAGAAUCACAACAAUGUCAGGGAGAAGCUUACAAAGAAAAAAUUAAUCAGGGAGUCGGAGAACAGCCCAGUGGCAUUAAAUAUGAAAAACAUAAGGAGCAAAGACGAGCAAAGAUUGUUGCAGAUCCGAAUUAAUCCUCCGUCACCUCAAUGCUUUUCAGCUAAUCGUAAAGCAACCCCUCCAACGGCUUUCGGCCUUAGACCUCAGGAGAGAGGGAUACUUGGAGAGAUAGAAGGAAUAAGCAGCAACAAAGAAGUCAAAGUCACCAAAACUACAAGUCAAAGUCAAACUUCUCCACUUUUAAAACAGAAUGAAGCAAAGGGCUUAGAUGUCUUCUGGAUUUUUAAGCCCUGCACCCUUUCUAGAUAAAUUAUUUUCAAAAACAGAUUUGAUUAUUUAUUUAUUUUUUAUUUUUAAAUUUAUUGAUUCUUUUCUUCUUAGUAUGUGAAGACAAAGCUUAAUAACGCGGUCCGGGACUACUGCUUUUUGUAACCUAUCAAAGAACCCGUAAUGGGUCAAUAAAAAUGUCUACUUUACAUAGUGUU